AUGGUGCGGCUAGAAAGGUGGAACGCCUAUUGGGAAGCAUACUCCACAUGCUGCGCGGAUGAGCUGGAGGGAUUGGCGAAGCAACUGGAGGAGCCAUCGUCAGCUGCGGGGUACCGUCGAGUGCUUCUCACACUAUCCAACCCUGCCUUCCCGUCGUCGUCGGUACCACCGACUGAAGCCACCAACAGCGCCACCACUGCGCCUGCUGCUCCCGACCACCUCCCCGUGCAGGUGGAGGAUCCUUCUUUUUCUCCUAUUUCGUCUUCGCGCGAAGACAACAAGGCUGUCGUGUCGCAGACGCAUUCUCCUCUCUCCACCGGGACCGCGGGCUCCGCGUCUUCUUCGCGCCCACCGCCGCCGCUGCCGACCCCGCACUCCCGUGAGACAUCCGUAUCAUCGUCUUCGUACUCGUACUCGUCCUCUUACUCCUCCUACGCGUCAUCGUAUAUUUCCCACAGUCGAAGUAGUAGGAACGCUGACAGUGCUGCCAAGGCUGCACAUGCCGACGAUGGCAUCGACGCGUUGUCGUUUCUACACUGGGCGCUGGAUGACCUUCUGUACCACUACGCGCAUCGCUUUGGUGCCGUGGAGCACCUCGAUACGCGAGAUAGCAGCACAUCUGCCGGCGCCCUGUCCACCUCCACAGCUCGCGUGAUCGUUAGCGUGCAGUUCACAACCGCCGAAGCAGCCGGCCUGUUUCUUCGCUGGGCAGAUGGGUUGUCUGUGGCGGACGUCAUCGCAGCUUAUCGGCGAGAGACACAGGCACCGGAGACGGCGAGUGGAGGAAACCUCUUACCUGUAGGAAGGGAAAGCGUGGUAGGGACACGGGUGACUGCGCUAGCGACUGGUAUGCUCAAGGGAGGAACAACAACCCCGCAGAACGAGCUUGGUGGCCGUGAUGAGGCAUGGUGGAAUACGCUGGAAGAGGCUUCGCGACGGUGGCAGCUCUGUCUCAUCGCGAAGCUGGCCCCGCAUGACCCACGCCGCAUCGCUGCAAAGUUGCUUCUUGGCCCGAAUGUAAUGGUGUCGACACCGCUAGUGAAGAGCCUGUUCAGCGGUUUGUUUGACGUGACACAUAUGGAGUACCGCACCGAUCUGAGGGCCUUCAACAUCGAAUUCGCGAACAAGAAGGAGUGUCGUUUGGCUCUACACGCACUCCAGUGCUCGCUCUGGCGGGUGUUUGGUGCGCCUCUUAUCUUCACAUAA